AUGAAGACUGUCAUCGUCUCCGCCCUCCUGGCGACGACUGCCUUGGCCUACCCAGGUGAGGUCUUGCGCAAGCGUGCCCUCACAGCCAACGACUACGACAAGCGUACCGGUUGCCCCAAGACCCUGCCGGCGGGCCAGUUCGAGUUCCCUCACUACAUCACCCAGAUCUCCAAGUCCCAGCCAGACAAGAAGUUCGGCCCACAAUACAAUGGCGUCUUCACUCCUAACGAUAUCGCCUCCAUCUUCAGCUUCGAUGUGCCCGCCUCCCGCGCUGACGCCAACUGCACGCUCGAGUUCCUCUUCCCCAUGAAGAACCAGCUGACCACAUCUUCGUUCGAGUAUUCAGGUGGAGGCUCGUUCUUCUUCAUCGGCUACAACCCUGGCUCGUGCCCCGGUCCCGACACGACAUACAACAAUCAGCCCGCGCCCGGCCCCUUCCCACCAUUCCCGCCCAUCCACAUGGAGCCCGGCAAUGCGUACACGAUUGACGUGGGCCCUUGCUUCGUGGGCGCUGGCACCUGUGUCGCCGGCCAGACAUACACCAACGACACCAACUUCAACUAUUUCCAGGACUACAAUGAUUGCCCGAUUGGUAUCUACACCGAGUACAGCUACGGUCUCCCCAACAGGCCACCCCCAUCUUAA